AUGGAAAGGGUCUAUGCUCACUCCUGUACCCAUGGCAGGUUGGUCAAGCGGAUGCCCAUUUAUUUUUUGCAGGUGAAUAUGAUGCCCCGUGAGAAAUUACUCGGCCUCUGUGACACCUACUUUGAAUCUGCCCCGGCUAAUAUUCGUGCACUUCUGCGUGAUCCCCGAGAUUGGCCAUCAAAGGAGUACCAUUUGAACCAUCUUCGGCCACAGUCACCGGGAGAAUCAGCAGCAGCAACGGAUCCCUCGGCAACUGAGGACAAGGAAGAAGAAGGGGAGCCCACAACGCAAUUAAACCGUAACAACUCCGCUGCAGUUUUGCUGACGGAAGGCACGCUGCCCCAAAUCUGCGAUAAGUUCAGUCCCCCUUCAGAGCUCAGUUACAAAAGUGAAGAGAAACAGGAAGCUCCCAAGAAAAAUAUCCCAAAUCGCCUUUCAUUAGGGUUAUCGCACUUUGGUGGAACGCACUGUGAGGGAUCACUCCCAAAGCAUCUGCUUCAAGAAGAGGAAGUGAGCGGGCAAGCAAAAGACAAGAUCAACUUUCAGCUUGAUCCGAACAGCCAACAUCGGUCUGGUUCAGAAGGCCUAGAGAAUUUUUGCCGCAGAAUAUUCGAAGCUUCUGCUUAUCCAAAAGUACGCUAGUUACUGUCGUAAGUGCAGUACUCCGUACUCCGAAGUUGGUUCUGGAUGGACUAUCCGUAAACCCUAUCCAGAUCUAUUUGAAGUAUUGUGAGAACAUGGGGUAAGUUACUCGCCCCUCCUACCCUGAUGUUAUCGAUGCAAUUUAGAUGAUGCAAACAUAUCAGGCGUGUUGUAGCGUUGAUAUACCUCAAGAAUAAACCUUAUCCUGAUCCCUGUAAUAUUCUGCGCCAGGCUAGAAUAGGUGCUGACAUUUUCCCGCAAAAUUGCCUCAAGUCCCUAAUGGAAGAGAAAGCUUAUCCAUCCUAGGAGAUGAUAAGCAAUGCGAAAGAUUUUGAGUUCCAAAAGGACGGUUCGAUGGUUUAAUCAAUCAGACCGCUUUAAGAGGACGAGAUAAACUACCUCAAGUCCUGCACCAGUGUCUACUGUUUUGGUUCAGCUGUAUAGUGCUAUCAGUAGGUUGGUAGUGCGCGAUCAUUUUCUUUCGAAGCCAUGCUGUUCCUGUGCAACGUAGGCAAAUUAUCCCGAGUAGGUCGUUAAAACCUACACAUAAAUAGCUUCCAGGACCGUUGAUAGCAUCAGUAGAAGGGUUUCAGGACGGUAGUUGGCUGGAUGAAAAAGACUACCUCCCUCCUAAAUUGAAAUAUCAUCCCGCGUUCCCAUACGUCGAGCAUAUAUAUUUUGCCUGAACAGUUUUGAAGGAAUCGACCCAAGGCUCAGCCAAACUCCCUCCUACCGCCGCAACCGACUUUGAGUAAAUGUUAUCGACUUCAGUAAAGCUGUGCUUUUGUACGCAUAACAAAUUUUUCAGUCUAGUUCCUACCGUAAAAAGUAACGGUUACGUUUUGGUGCUGGGAAAACACUUGGCAUAGGGUUAGGUGGCCAAUAAACGCGGCGUAAGGUUGGAGCACGGUGCAAACACAGGGCAUUCGCUACCUCCUUCUUUGUCAGUGUUAGUUCACCCGAUGUGUGAAGAGAAUGAAUUCCUCGCUUCACCUUACGUAGCCUGCAUACAUGUUGAGACAGAAGUUUGUGUUGAAACAACACACUUUGACAGAUUCUGCUGAGAUGCUG